AUGAGUGUCGAUUCUGUGCAACAUGCCAUCAAACUGCAAAAAGGUUGGAUCCGUUUAUCGGAAUUCGCUGCACUAUCGUAUGGCGUUCCAGCAGAAAUUUCGAUACCACGUGUGAACGAGGACAAGGUGUUCAUGUUCCAUUUGAAUAUGCAUGGGAUUUCUAAGGAGAAAGAAAGGCGAUUGCGAGAGCUUUAUGAACGGCUAGAUAUGAAUGGGAAUGGAAUCAUCGACAUUCGAGAUUUGACAAAUGCGCUCAAGCACAGCUCUCCUCAUAUUCCAAAUGGUGUUACGCCUGGAUUUGCUCAAAUUAAUCACUUAAAUGAUGUAAUAACGUUUGAGGAGUUUAUGCAGUACGCUAUUGAGCAUAAGAAAAAGCUGGAAAUUAUAUUCCGAGAUUUAGAUAAGAAUAAGAAAAAAAAUAGUUAUGUCGGUGUGCAAGAGAUCAAGAAAUACUGUGAUGAUCUUGGUCUUCCAAUAAGCGAAACGAAAGCACAAGAAAUUGUUGAAUGGAUGGCACGCACAAACUCAGCUUCUGUGAAUUUCUCAGAAUUCAAAGAUUUCAUGUUGCUUUAUCCGCGAUCAAAACCAGAUGAAAUUGCGAAACUUUGGAAACAUAAUUUGGUGAUUGAUAUUGGUGAAGAUAGCCAAAUCCCAAAAGAUUUCUCGCAGCAGGAAAUCACUUCAGGAUUUUGGUGGAAGCAUUUGGUAGCUGGUGGAGUUGCAGGAGGUGUGAGUCGGACAUGUACAGCACCGUUAGAUCGAGUGAAAAUUUAUCUUCAAGUCCAUGCAACUCUACUCAACCGUUUGCGGUUUCCAAAGGCAGCAAAACUUUUAUAUGAAGAAGGUGGAUUGAAGUCUUUCUGGAGAGGAAAUGGCGUUAACAUCGCGAAAAUUGCACCCGAAUCAGCUAUCAAAUUUCUUUCUUAUGACGUUAUUAAGCGACUGAUCGUUAGAGAGAGAGGUGAAGGUCACAAGCUUCAGAUUUCUGAACGAUUUGCUGCGGGUUCUGCUGCAGGUGUAGUAUCUCAAACAAUAAUUUAUCCUUUAGAAGUAUUAAAAACACGCUUAGCACUGCGGCACAGCAGUCAGUUGGAAAGUGGUUUAGUCGAUCUUGCGGCGAAAAUGUAUAGGAAUGAAGGCUUUAUUUCUUUUUAUAAGGGGAUUGUUCCCAAUCUUAUCGGCAUCAUUCCUUAUGCCGGUAUCGAUUUGGCUAUUUAUGAAACACUCAAAAAUUAUUAUGUUAACAAUUACAAUGCUUAUCCAGUUCGUGACAUCGUUGCUCUUCCGGUAUGUGGUGCUUGCAGUUCUAUUUGUGGUAUAUUAGCGAGUUAUCCGUUUGCUCUUGUGAGGACACGAUUGCAAGCUUUAGCGAUGUCGGGUAAUUUAACUCAACCAGAUACUAUGAAUGGACAAAUAAAAUACAUCUGGAGGAAUGACGGAUUGUAUGGCUUUUACCGAGGACUUACUGCUAAUUUAGUGAAAGCCGUGCCGGCAGUAGCCAUAAGUUAUUAUGUUUAUGAACAUAUGAGAAGCGUACGGGAUACAGGUGUGCUCUUUCCAAGUACACUAAGUAACGAUGAAAAACGUUUAAAGGAAGUAUUCGAGAAAUUACGGUCCAUUCGAAAGGCGAUAGCAGCAACAAACAAAUUGAAUGCUAGCGGAACAGUUGGUGACAACCUCAAGACUGAGCGGAAAACAACCAAAAGACACUUACAACAGGCGGAAGAGGCUACGGAAGAAGUGAAACGCAAAGUUUUAAUUGGUGCUGUCAGUUUUAAGAAAGCUGAUGAAAGGAAAGAUUCAUUUAAACGAUCAAGUUUAGUUGGCAGACGUCGAAAUAGUGGCAAAACAAAAACUGACAAUGAUACGGUAAAUAACAGUAAUACGGAGUUAUUACCACUGAAUGCUGAUGAUGGUUUUGAUACAUACAAACCACUUUCCUCGAAUGAUCAUUCUGAGACGAAAAAAAAGAUGGGAGAACCAUCGGACGGUUUUGACACUUUUAAACCACCUUAUAACCCUGGUACUUGCAAAAGUGCUGCAUCCGAUGUUACUGGCAUACCUAGGCCAGGAUCGAGUUCCACUUCACGGACGAUUUCUCCAGUAUCAGAUAAUUUUGAUACUUAUAAAACUCGAGAAGGAGAAAAUGCAUUCGACAAUUACCGACCAAUAGGCGUUCGUGAUAAUGCUGAUUUCGAUACGAACUUACCAUCUACUUCUUUUGAUGUCUACAAACCUACAUCUGUCGAUGAUGGAUUUGAUACUUACAAACCAACACAGUCGUUUUCUUUUGACGCGAGCAGUGGAUCAUCGCCUUUUGUUGGUUUUGAGCAACCAAAACCAUGUAGGGGUCCUUGUUUAUACAUUCGUGGAUAUGAUUUGGUAGCAGAUUCUUUGCGGAAUGUAUUUAGUAAAUAUGGUGCUAUCAAUAGAGUUUUUGUGGAAGAGCGUCAAAAGAGUGCAUUCAUUACAUAUGCCACAACGGAGGAAGCGGAAGUUGCGAUAAAGGAAAUGGAUGGAAAUAUGGUUAAUGGAAUCACAUUGCGUGUUUCAUUUGCACGCCGUCAAAAUCAGUGUGGUGAUUCUGGUCGCUUUCGGAGUAGUAAAUCAUUCGACAGGAAUAACGAUGGUGAUGACAGAAGUGGCGGUGAUCGUUCUAAUCGUUCUCGGGGCGAAAGAAGUACUCGCUUUCGGAGUAACGAACGUAUUCGUUUCCGCGGACGUGGACGUGGUCGAGGACGCAUGUGUGAAGGCGGAAAUUCUUUAGUGCCGCCAGUUUCUACUGAAAAUAACGAUGAUUUCUGGUCCGGUGCGAAUAAAGCGUCAAAUGAUGGGUGGUCGACAGCGGAACCGCUUCAUGAUAAAGGCGAUUUCUGGCCAUCGGGAAGACAAUCACCUGAAAGAACGAGUGGAAGGCCAAGUGUUGGAAGGGAUAAUAAAGAAGAGGAUGACUUUGAUACGUAUAAAUCAUCAAUAUCUUCAAAUGAAAAGAAUGAUUUUGAUACGUAUAAAUCAACAAUAUCUGCGAACGAAAAGGAUGAUUUUGUUAACAAAAAAGACGAUGAUUUUGACACGUAUAAGCCAUCUAAUAAUGAUGGAAGAGGUGAGGAUUCCAGUACAUGGUCUUGGGAAACAGCGGAUGGUAAUUAUCAAGAAAAUUUUGGAAAAAGGCACGACGGUUCUGAGCAUCCGGUUGGUGAGAGACGAGGUGGUUUCGCUAAUGACAGAUAUCGCAGUUUUGGAGGUGAUGGACGACGUGGCAAUGGAAUGCCUCGACGAGGUAAUAGAAAUCGUGGGGGUACAUCAUGGCGGUCGAGAAGGCGGAACAAUGAGUUGAAAGGCGAUGACUGUCGCUCAGCUAGUAAUUUGAAUGUUGGCCGAAAGAGCUCAUGGCUAACAAAAGCUGAGAGUGGAGAUAAGUACGAUUUUUGGACAUCUGGUGAUCGUCAUUCGAAUGCACCUAGUAAAAGUGAUAGCGACAAUCGAGAAAACGAAUCACAGGAGAAGAGUAAUGAUAAGGACGAUUUCUGGCCUACAUCUAGUCAUCAGUCUAGUUGUGGAGGAGAUGAAUCGUGGUCUUUUCCCCUUGAAAGAUCAGGUGAAGAUCAAUCAUUUCAAGGAAACACACGAGGAGAUUAUAAAAGCGGAAGAAGAGGUGGAGAUCGAGGCGGAGGAUUUCGACGGCAGCGUCGCAAUUUCGACAGCAAGAGUGCAUGGCCCGAUGGUGAAGAAGACAAAUCAUCUUAUUGUGCUGAAUGGCCUGAUGUUGAUAGCAAGCUAUCGAUGGUUUCAUGGCCGACACCAUCUGAUGAUAAGGUGCCCAAUUCUCCGCCCCCUCCUCCACCGAUGUCUGAAGUUCAGGUAGCAUGGAGUGAAGCAACCAAAAAAACCUCGAAAGAGAUGGCAACAGCAACAAAAAAAGAAACAGUUGUAAUACAGCGAAAACAAGAAAUAAGGACACAGGUGUCAUAUGGUGAGGAUGAUCCAUUUGCUUGAUAUAUUGUUUUUUACCUGUUAAAGAUGACAUUCCAAAAAAUUUGAAUAUAUGUUCAGUUCAAGUUGAUGUUUUGUUCUUCUCUUGGACUUUAAAUUCUAAAGAAUAGUGUUAUUUUAUUGAGUGAUGAAUGUUGUUUUCACUCUUAUUCUUUUAGUUCUUGCUGAAGAUUCAUAAUCAUGUUAUAUGAAUUCAUCUCUCGCACUGUUUUGUUUCUUAAUCACUGCAACAAUUAUUUUGCUGUUAAUCCCAUCAUUUCGUCUUUUUCAAUUAUCA